GGAAGGGGAGCUUAACCGCCUGUGUGCCGGGAGGGGGAUGGGAUACAUGGUGGUGACGUCUCCUGCCACGGAGCGCGGUCAGUGACGCCGCGUGUGACUCUGGAGCUGGCUGAUUACGAGAAGAUCUGCUAAGCAGUUAUAUAAGGAGGAUUGAUGCAAUGGCUAAUACUGGUGAUUGCAAAAUGUAUCGCCAUAUCACAAUGCCUGCUGGUGUAUCGUGGCCUCAGUACUUGAAAAUGCUCAGUGGCGGCCUUCUUUCCAUGUUUGCAGGGGCAGAAGUUGUGCACAGAUACUACAGGCCAGAUCUUAGUGUUCCAGAAAUUCCACCAAAACCUGGCGAGUUGAAGACAGAACUUCUUGGAUUGAAAGCAAAAAAAGAAAAAGAAACCAGCUAGUGAUCUGAUUUAUGAACACCUUCUUUUAGAAAAGCAAAAAAUACUUUGUUGUUCCCUUUUUAUGAAGGCUCUGCGUGUUUUCUCAUUACAAUGUUAAACUUUUUUGAAAUCACUAAAUUCUCCUUACAUUGAAAUAUGUAAUGAAAAUACAUAUUGAAAUGCAAAUGUUGACAUACUGUAUUAUAUGAGGACAUCCACAAAAUAAAUUUUUUUUAUAAAAGA